CCAAUUGGAAGGUAUAUAUUAGCGGUCGCCGGACGGCCACACUUAUUGCACUGACUCCAAUUGGAAAGCCAAUAUCGUUCGCGUCGCGGAAGAAACAAGAAACUAAAUCAGCGAGAAGCACUGCAAUUGCAUUGGUUAUUUUUAAAGCACAACCGCGAUUAGAGGAAGUGUCUCCUGGUAGACAAUCGAAUUGGCCAUAUAUCGGCAAGAGUGUUAUUAAAGAGAAGCGCGUAGGUGUGCCAACAGCCCAAGCAAAUUCUUUUGCAUUCGCUUUUGAACCGCUUUCAUCGCGAGUUCCAUUUCACAGUGUGCGUGAGCAAAAAGCGUGUGCAAAUAACUUUUGCCGCGUUGUCCGCCUGCUGCGAAUUUCAUACCGAAAGAAGAGAGAAAGAGAGAGAGAGUACCGAUCGGGUGAAUGUCGCAGAAACACCAGAAGCAAUCCUACCAACCGCUCCCAACGGCGGCCGCCAUGGACAAUCCGGCGAUGAUCCAGAGCAGCGGAAGCAGUGGGAGCAGCUCCUCCGAGGAGGGCGGCAGUCGAGAGGAUGUGGCCAAUCUCUCGCCGCUCGGACUGCCUACGACCUACUCGUCACAACAAUUAAUGCCCUCGGAUACGGACAGCAUGGAGGAGGAGCGCCACCGCCUGCGUCCGCAUCACCACCACCACCACUCACUGGGCGAGCACCACCACAUCCCGGGCAUGCCACCCUCCGCCGCCGUCCCCUCGCGACUCUCCAGCGUGGGCAGAUCGCAGUGGUUCACCGUCACCGUUCUCUGCUUCGUCAACCUCAUCAACUACAUGGAUCGCUUCACGAUCGCAGGAGUCCUCACAGAUGUCCGAUCAGAUUUCGACAUCGGAAAUGACAGUGCCGGACUUCUCCAGACCGUAUUCGUUAUCUCGUACAUGGUGUGCGCCCCCAUCUUCGGAUAUCUGGGCGAUCGCUAUUCUCGCCCCUGGAUAAUGGCGGUGGGCGUGGGUCUGUGGAGCACCACCACCCUGCUGGGGUCGUUCAUGAAGCAGUUUGGAUGGUUCAUCGCCUUCAGGGCGCUGGUCGGGAUCGGUGAGGCCUCGUACAGCACCAUCGCACCGACGAUCAUCUCGGAUCUGUUCGUGCACGACAUGCGCUCCAAGAUGCUGGCACUGUUCUACUUUGCCAUACCCGUGGGAUCCGGUCUGGGGUACAUUGUGGGAUCUAAGACCGCGCACCUGGCCAACGAUUGGCGCUGGGCCCUGAGGGUCACACCCAUUCUGGGCAUUGUGGCCGUUCUGCUCAUCUUACUCAUCAAGGAUCCGGUGCGGGGUCACAGCGAGGGAUCGCACAACCUGGAGGCCACCACCUACAAGCAGGACAUCAAGGCCCUGGUCAAGAAUCGUUCCUUCAUGCUCUCCACGGCUGGAUUCACGUGCGUUGCCUUCGUGGCCGGAGCUCUGGCCUGGUGGGGACCUUCCUUUAUCUAUCUAGGCAUGAAGAUGCAGCCCGGCAACGAGGACAUUGUCCAGGACGACAUCUCGUACAAGUUUGGUCUGGUGGCCAUGCUGGCUGGACUCAUCGGAGUUCCGUUGGGCUCCUUUCUGGCCCAGCGACUGAGGGGUCGCUACGAGAACUGUGACCCGUACAUCUGUGCGGUUGGACUCUUCAUCUCAGCUCCGAUGGUAUUUGCUGCACUCGUGGUGCCGCAGACGAGCGAGAGCCUCUGCUUUUUCUUCGUUUUCGUCGCCCAGGUGGCACUGAACCUGUGCUGGUCCAUUGUAGCCGACAUCCUACUGUACGUGGUGGUGCCCACACGACGUUCUACAGCCGAAGCCUUCCAAAUCCUCAUCUCACACGCACUUGGCGAUGCCGGCAGUCCGUAUCUGGUGGGCGCGAUCUCCGAGGCCAUCAUGAAGCACCUGCACGAUAACCCCAGCGACUCUGGACUGACCACCGAACUGCAGAGCAUGUCCCAAGUGGCGGGAUCCGCGCUCAGCAAUGCCACCCAGGCGAUCACGGAAGCCACCACCAGUUUGAUGGAAACAGCGCGCUCAGCAGCUUCUCAGGAAUACUCUGAUGUGGAGCAGUUCGAGGGACUGCAAUAUGCGCUCUUCUCCACCAGUUUUGUGGAGGUGCUGGGCGGCAUCUUCUUCAUAUUCACCGCCUGCUUCAUCAUCAAAGACAAGUACAACGCCACGCGAGGACUGCAAGAUGUCACGGCUCCGCAACAGCAGCGGGAUGAGCGCGGACAGAUUGCCUAAUACCAGCCGAUCGUCGAGGUUUUGCUGCGCACUCAGAGCUCCGAUGGCAUGCCGGGUGAACUGAUACUGACUGAAAACCAUCUUUAAUUUAAUUUACGGUCACUCGCACCACGCACAUCCCGCAUCGGAUCAAACUGAAAGCCUUCGGGAACGGCUCAGUUGGGCCGACAAAUCCCCGAUGUUCAUGUUCCUAUUGGGAAGGAUCGGAAGGAAGGAAGUACCACCAUGCCAACGUUCAAGCACGCCACAUCGAUUUGUAGAUAUAUAUACAAAGAAUCACUCACACAGGCUUUCACUCCACACCAAGUCAUAACAUUACACAGAUCAUUUUACUUGUAAACGUCAGAGGGCUAGGAUACCCACGACACUUUGCUUCACACACGUAGUCGUAGAUAGGUCUAGCUCUGGUAUUUUAGACUAAAUCAAAAUUAGCAAGAGUUUCUUUAAGCAGACUCGCAUUCGAAGAAGUGCUCCCUCAGAUCGGAUAAUGUAAAUAGAUUAUCUCAGGCAUCGAAUGCGUAGUACAUGCAGUUUGGAUAUUUAUAUUAGGGUAUUUAAUAUGAAUUGUAAAUAUAGAUAAGCACCGGGCCAUUGUAUAAGUGCAUAGUCUAUUAUUUAAUCAGUUUUAUCAUAACGCCUUAGUUUUACACAGAACAUAAUUUUAAUCAUAGCUUUAGCUAGAUGUAUAACAAAUUGGAGAAAUAUGUGCACCCUCAGCAAUUAGUGAAUAUUACAGCAAAACUAUUUUGAACCAAAACAGCACCAAUCAGUCCUCGGGUUUGUUUUUUUAUUUGUUAAAUCUCAAUCGAAUGCUAGCCUAAUUGAAACGGAAAUUGAGACCGACAUAAAGACUGCGAGCAAUCAAAUAUAUUUUUACGUCGAUAUUUGGCUAAAAAUAAACCCAACUAAUUGUUUAGCAACUAAGGAAAUCAUCCGGGGCAAUAAAGAAAAUAAAUAAAACA